GUUCGAUUCGCGGCUAGUGCACAUAUUCUAUUUUGCCUUUGCUCUGCACCAAUUGCAGAGAGCGACUUUUUGAGCUGGUCGUCCGCCCAUUGAGUCAGUCGUCUUGUAUGAUAUGGUUCUAAUUACUGUGGAUGGAAUAACGCGUGCGCUAUGUGCCUGGUGUCACCUUCGAGGUGGGGGUGCGGUUUUUGUCUUCAAUUGUCCGUCCUGUUAGACAGAGGGUGCUAACAGGCAGAUAAGCCCUGAUAAGCCCCUCCCCCGCCAACGAUCCCGCAGGUUCAUGAAAAAAAGUUCAGCCAACAACACCAAAAAUUAUUUUGGAAGCAUCUCAAGAUGGCGCCUUACGAUGACAGUGAUUCUUCGGGUGGAGAGGAAGUUGAGUUCGAGGAGACAAAUGUUCUCCUCGGAUAUGCUUCUAAAGAUGCUGACGAGGAUACCAUCAGCCGGCUAGGAGGAUAUCCUGACUGGCUCGACUCUUCCACACCGCCUUCCUCCGCGCUUGCACGAUGUAAGCUUUGCAAGGACAUGAUGGUACUUCUAUUGCAACUGAACGGUGAAUUACCCGAUCGAUUCCAAGGACAUGAACGGCGGCUGUAUGUGUUUGCAUGCAGGAGAAAGAGUUGUCGCAGAAAGGACGGAAGUAUAAGAGUAUUGCGAGGCCUGCGCAUAGCACCUGGUAGUAAGGAGGCCGGUUCGAAGAAGGUGCAGAGACAGGAGAAACCAGUCGUCAAGGAGCAACCAAAACCACAAACGAACCUGGGCGAGACUCUAUUCGGCGCAAAGGGCUUGGGGUCUUCAUCCCUCUCGGCGAACCCAUUCGCAACGUCGGCUUCUAGCUCGGGCAACCCAUUCUCCAGCGGUGGGAACCCCUUCAGCGCCUCCAAGGCCGAGACACCGAAGCCUGCUGAGCAAACCACAAAGACUGAAGUGGAGGAGGCAGUAAAAGAAUUACCAAAGACAUUUUCUGAAACUCUGUCGCUCAACAACACACAGAAGAAGUCAGGUCCACCCCCACCCCCAGAGCCUUGGCCAGCCGAGAAGGACUCACCAGCCCCAUACCCUAUUUUGUACCUCGCAGAUGCCGAUUACGAAACCCUGGAUCCGACCCCGCCACCUAUACCCCAAGCCACUCGCAUGGAUAUGGAUGAUUCGGGUUCUGCAAGCGGAGGAAAAGAGGACAAAGAGAUUUUUGAAUCAUCUCAUGACGCCGACUUCCAAAAGUUUGCCGACAGAAUGGCUCAGAACCCUGAGCAGGUCAUUCGAUAUGAGUUUGGUGGACAACCUUUACUGUAUUCGAAAACAGACGCUAUUGGACAGUUGUUAGGCAGUGGUCGAUCAAUGCCUCGCUGCGGAAACUGUGGCGGCGAAAGGGCCUUUGAAGUCCAGAUGACGCCGAACGCAAUUGCUGAGCUGGAGGCUGAGGAGAUGAGUCUGGAGGGCAUGGAUUGGGGCACCAUCAUUAUCGGUGUCUGUGGGUUAGACUGCCAAGCUCAAGGAGUUUCAGAGGGUGAGGCAGGCUAUCUUGAGGAAUGGGCCGGUGUGCAAUGGGAAGAGCUGACUUCACGGCGCUAAAACUGCACUUGAAGUCGUUGAUUAAAGCGAUAGGAAGCAGAUGCAGAACAAUGCAGAGAAAACCCCAACCAUUCUCAUUUGG